UUUAAUGUAUUACUACAAUAAAAAUUACUACAAUUUUUUGCACGGUAAGGAUUCUGGGUCACUGUCGGUGUUUUGCACUUUCCGGCCGCCCGGCCGAGAAGUGCAAAACACAACAGCAACAAGAGCUGCUAAUAAAGGUUAAUACCGGAAGUGACGUAACGAUAACGUAUAUGAUUUGUUGUUGAGCUUCACGCGGGCAGUUAGCGGCAAAAUCAGUCGGGUCCAGAAGAGGACAUAACCUGAGCCAGGUGAGGCUAAACAAUGUUUUGCCCUUUUUGUGGAGUCCAUUUUGGGGCAUUUGUACCCUUUUGUGCUUCUUGCGGACGGUCUUUGGAGCUGUUAAGAGGCACGGAGCAAGCCGGAGGAUCAGACGUCCUGCAACACUGUAUCAAGUAUUUCAACGAGGGUCACUCGUACAGCGUUAUUUUGGACAUGCUAUUGAGUUUGCAUGGUGUAAGGAUGAGUUUGAGGACUCUUAAAAGUAAACUUAACCAGUCUGGGCUGUAUCGAAGAAAGUAUUAUAGCUCAAGAACAACUGUAAUUAAUGCAAUCAGAGCAGAACUUCGUGGGCCUGGCCAACUCUUCGGUUAUCGAACUAUGUGGCAGGUGCUAAAACAAAAGCACCAACUCCAAGUGAAGAGAGAUACUGUAAUGGAGUUACUCCGGGAGCUGAAUCCUCGAGGAUGCCAGAGCAGGGCUCGCAGACGAUUCAUCAGGAGAACCUAUCAUUCCCUGGGACCUAACUACAUGUGGCAUGCCGAUGGCUAUGACAAACUUAAACCAUUUGGUUUGGCCAUUUCAGGAUGCAUAGAUGGAUUUUCUCGUAAAGUUCUGUGGCUGAAAUGUGGAGCAACAAAUAAUAACCCAACAGUUAUCGCUCACAAUUUCCUGUCAUGUAUACGAAACCUCAAUGUAGUCCCCAUGAGGCUCAGAACUGAUUGUGGCACUGAAAACGGCAUCAUGGCUGCUGUUCAGUGUACACUACGCCACCAACACAAUGACCACUACAGCGGAGAGUCCAGCCACAUGUUUGGUUCAUCUACCAGUAACCAGCGAAUUGAGUCCUGGUGGUCUAUCUAUCGAAAAGGAAGGGCUCAGUUUUGGAUGGAGCUAUUUGCUGAUCUGAGAGAUGCUGGCCACUUUAACGGGAGUCAGGAGCAUCAGAGGCUGUUGAGAUACAGCUUUGGGGAUGUUGUUCAAAAAGACCUAGAUGAGUGUGUGAAGCUAUGGAACACUCACCGAAUCCGUCCUUCGAGAACAGCUUCAUGUCCAGGAGGAGUUCCCAAUGAGCUGUACUAUUUACCUCACAGGCAUGGGUCCAGGGACUGUGGAUUCAUUAUUCAACAUGAUGAGCUGGAUGCUUUUCCAGAGUCCAGUCUGUCACUACCUUCAUGCGGGGACCCAAACACACAGGAGUACCUCGACUUUGUUAUGGACCACAAUCGUUUUCAAAAGCCAGAAAACUGGGAGUCAGCCUCAGAACUAUACAUGAAGCUCAAAGAAAUUGCUCAGCUCUAAAUUAGGAUAAUAUAAAAUUACCACUGUAACUAAGUGCAUGUCUUGUUUUUGAUGGUUGAGCUGCUAAAAGUUUGCAUAUAAUUUUUCCAUAGUGUUUUUUGAUUUUGUAGUCUGUUCACCCAAAAGCGAUAUGUGUGACUAAAUGUUACAUUCUAAAAAAUAAACAAACCA